AAACUAUGUGACGUAACUACUAGGGCGGCGCACACAGUACACACGGCUGCGGCCAGCCGCUCGUGCAGUACGUCUGUGUAGUCCUCUCUCGCGCUGUUGUGAUCGUCGCCUUUCGUCCGCGGUCCAGUGCACUGUGUACCCACGCCGCGUCUUCCGCGCGGCAGGUGAGGUUGGGGCCGGCGGCGUGGCUCCGGUCGCUUAGAAUUCGCCCGGCGCGGUAUUGAUCGCAUCCCGUACUGUUCGACUGUUUCAAUGUUUAUAAACAGCCGGCCGCAUCCAUUUGUUCCUUCUUGUUUUUGAUACGUUUGUUCGAUUACAAACGAUUUGGAUAGCUGAGCCUGAAUGCCCCGGUCGCACCGACUACCUUCGGAGGACUUAGUGCAAAUUUACGAACGCGAAAUGGGACAAUGGUUCGGAGUAUAGAAUUACGUAAUUACGUUCUGAAGCAUAUCACAUACACUGAGUGAUUGACAAGGGCUAAGGUUGAAGUACGUGUUCUUUUAUUGAACGAUGUGAGAAUAAUUUACAAAGCAAAAGUGCAUUUAAAUGUGAAUUGACGGUAUUUUUAAAUGCUAUAAAAGAACUUUCAACGGACAGCCAUGCUGUCCUACAUGGUGCCCGUAGACGAAAAACCUCCCCCGGUGCCGGGAAAGAACCGUCUGAAUCUUGAACUAAUCGCAAGCCCUGGUAGUCCAGAAUCAGGAAUACGAAAAACACGAACAAAUAUUUCUAAGGAUUCAUCGACGAGCUCGUUUGCGAGUGAUUUGACGAUAUCGUCUUCGACACCGACGGGAGCUCAUGAUAAACCCAAGCAUAAGCUACUUAGUAAUGGCAGCAAACACACUUCGUUAAAAAGGGUAUCCUUCGGGAGCUCCAAGGGGUCCAUGGUGGAGACCCUUAUUUACGAGAGCCCUCUUCAGGAGGAGCCGGAGAGCAGUCCUCCGCCGAAGUUUCAAGAAACUGCGUUCCCGUAUACGCCCGUCGAAGACGAUUCGGAGCGUUCAAAAGUGCGCGUAUCUUUCUACCAAGGGGCACGGCCGCAGUGUCUGUCACCACCCCCAACACAGUCCGAGUCUCACAUACUUUACGCAGACUUACUCUCUGCUGCAGCUAAAGUAGAUAUGGCAGACCAUCCUAUGUAUAAUAGGCAGAUCAGCACCGAAAGCGGGUGGGACAACCCAUUCCGCCCAGAUGGUGACUUAAGCCGUGAAGCAGAUGAGAUUGUCUCUCUAAUCAAGGGUGGCAAACCUAUAACUCCUACACCACCUGCACUUAAUCAAACACCAAUUUGCGACGAGAAAGAGGAAAAGGUGCAUGCAAACAAUGUUAACGCCAGCCCUCCAACGCAAGCAAAAUCUUCGAGUCCAGUGCAGCAGGCUACUCCAAAAACUGCAAACGGCACCAAGAACGGCUCAGUGCCUGAAGUACGCUCUGGCCAAGUAGAGGUGCAGCGCGCGCCACCACAGGAGCCUUUGCAGCCAGAGCAUGUCACCAUCAAGAAGAAGCAGAAGUGCAAAUGCUGCGUCAUUCAGUAAAUCCAUAACCUUCCCAAAGCCGGUAACACUCUGCUUUUAGUAACCAGCAUAUUUCGAUUUUGGUGUUUACUCGGUGCUAUAUCAUUUUUCCACUCGUUCUACUACAAGAAGUACCUAAGUAAUGUUAAAAUUAUACGGAAAUUCUAUGUGUUCAAUCGUAUUAAAAAUUAUCACAAUACAACUCUGGCCUGUACUUUAGUGUACUUCGAUUUUUAUGUAUGUUUAUUUUAUUUUUUGAGGUUUCAUUAUUUAGUGUAACUGUUUUUGUUUAUUUGUUAUUUCAUAAGUAUUUGUAGCAGUUAUGUUAAACUUAGGGUACAAAUAUACUUUAUUUGACUAGUC